AUGAAAGUUAUGAAUACUAAUUGAAACGGUAAAUUAAAUAAUUUAGCAUCUGGACAGCUAACUACAACCCCACUAAUAAUUGGCCUGAUCGAUCACUUAGGCUCAGUUGUUACUACAGAUGAUUCUAGUGUAGGUGAAUUAAUAUCGCCCUCACAAGAUGUAAUUUUAUCUGGUGAACUUAAAGUUACAGCUAUCAGUGGAAUUUUCACAUUUUCCUCAUUUAUCAUUUCCGCAGAGCCGAGCAGCAAUUUUUCUAUAGAAAUACAAACAGACGGCAUCGAUAGUUCCAAAAGUAUCAAAGCAAAUGAUGGCCUUAGUUAUAAUUCAAGUUUACUUGUAGAUGCCACUUUAAGAGAUUGUGUAUUAGGUGAAAUUACAGUUGGAGUUAAAUGCAUAAUCUGCCCAGAAGAUUUGUACAGUUUAAAUCCAAAAAGUGAUCAAUGUUUGCCUUGCCCUGAUGAGGCUAUAUGUUAUGGAAAUUACACAAUGGUCCCUAAGCCGGGAUAUUGAAGAUCUAGUAUGCUGACUGACUCAUUUUGGCCUUGCCCUAAUCCAGAUGCUUGCAUUGGCUCUGACUCACAAAAUAUUUCUUAUACAGGAAACUGCCUUGAAGGAUACACUGGAAAUUUAUGCCAUAGCUGCUCAGAAGACUACGCAAAAAUAACAAAAAAUCAAUGUGAAAAAUGCCAAAGUCUUCCUAUAGUCAUCAUAAAAACGUGUGCGAUUGGUAUCGGAUAUAUAAUAGUCUGUUGAAUAAUGGUCAAAAUGUCCAAAAAAUCUGCAUAUAAACCUAAAUCUCUCACAAGCGUAUAUAUUAAAAUAUUAGUCAAUUAUAUCCAGCUAGCUAUGAUAACAACUACUUUUAGCCUAUCCUGGCCAAGCUAUGCUAAACAGCUAUUUUCUGCACAAAAUAAAGGAAGCUUUAUUGGUGAACAAAUUUUUUCUUUUGAUUGCCUUCUAUAUUAUAGCAGAGACUUAAGAGGUGGCACAACUGUGAUUUUUUAUCAAAAAUUGUUUUUUAUGGCCCUUCUGCCUAUUUCUAUUCCUAUUAUUUCAGCUAUUAUUUGGUCUUUGAUAUCCUAUUGUAAAAGAAAUUUUUCAUUAUUUGUUGAUAAUAUAAUUACUAGCUCAAUUGUGGCUGCAUUUUUUGUAUAUCCAAGCUUAAUAAAGUAUUAUUUUAGCUCUUUUGAUUGUAAAGAGCUUGAUUAUGGCGAAGAUUGGCUUGUAGUGGAUUUAAGUUUGAGGUGUUGGAAUAGCCAGCAUGUAUUUUAUAUAACAGCUAUUUCUCUUCCUGCUAUACUUUUAUGGGGGAUUGGAAUACCAGCUGCAUGCUUGCUGCUGAUUAUGAAAAAUAAGCAUAGGCUGAGCAGUAUUGAUGUUAGGAUCAAAUAUGGAUUUGCUUUUAACGGGUAUAAAUCCAGAAGCUAUUAUUGAGAAUUUGUUAUUAUUUACAGAAAAAUAGUAAUUAUUUGCUGCUCUAUUUUUUUAUCAGCUGUAUCAGUCAAUAUUCAAGCUCUUACUACACUUUUUGUAUUAGUAGUCUAUCUUUAUUUUCAAUGCAAAAUAAAGCCCUACAAUGGAGACGAUCUGAAUAGGCUUGAAACUGUUUCUAUUGCAUCUUCUGCUAUAACAAUUUAUUGUGGAAUGUAUUACUUAUCUGAGUCUCUUGAUCAAUUUACUGAAAUGCUAUUUUUUAUUGUCAUUAUAUCAGUAAAUGCUUAUUUUGUUAUUUAUUGGAUUAUUAAGGCUGGAAAUGCAUAUAUAGCCAUAAUAAUUGAGAAAGUUCCAUUUUUGAGGAAGAGAUUCCAUCAUAAAAAUUAUGAAAAUAUAGAUAUAGCGCCUGACUCCUUAUUGAUUUCUAAAAAAAUAUUCUUAAAGAAAAAUUCCUUUUGGCAUUUAAAAUGUUAUAUUUAAAAAUGACAAAUAGAAGAUGGACUUUUAGAUUUUCUUAGAAUUUUUCAAUCAAUUUUUUAAUUUAUGAGUCAUUGUCUUUAAAGAUCUAUAAAGGGGCCCGCGCUAUAUUGGAAGUAAUAAUAAAAAAACAGGAGAUUUUCCAUAUGAGAUGAUUCUGAAGUCUUCUCCAAGCGAAAACUUAAAUCAUCAAGGGAUUGAUUUUAAAGAAAUCAAGAUGAGGGAUUUAUUUUUUGCAAAUUUGAAAGGAGGGAUGCCUAUUAUAUAUGAAGAUGACAGAGCUAAUUUAUUGUUGGGGUUGGAGAAAAAUUGUGUACUAGAGGGAGUGAUCAGGAAAAGAUUCAUGCUGCAUGAAGUUGUGCUUUAUCAGAGAAAUUUGUUAUUUGGAUGAAGGAGGAACAUUCUAGAGAAUUUGGAGAUGUAGAUAACGAAAUAAAGAAUUUUAUCUAUAGAGUGAUGAAGAAAUUGAAAAAGAUAGCAUUGAAUAUAGCUAUAUGGAAAAGAAAAGUAUUGGAGGGAUUAAUACAGAAGAAAAUAGCUUUGAAGAAAACUGCUUUAGGCUUAACAAUUCAAAAGGUUUAGAUUGCAAAGAAAAAAUUAUAGAAGAAGUAGAAGGCGAAGGAAAAUUUCAAAUUAUCUAA